ACAGACCUGCUCCAAACAACAUGCAUCUGGUGGACUUUGUGUCCGGCUCUUUCGCAGGAGCCUGUGGGAUGGCGGUCGGAUACCCGCUCGACACCGUGAAGGUGCGGCUUCAGACACAGAAACAGUUCACUGGGAUCUGGCAGUGUGCGACCACAACCUUUUUAAAGGAGGGGGUGUCUGGGUUUUUUAAAGGGAUGGCUCUGCCCGUCACCACCAUCGCUAUGACGUCAUCCGUGACAUUCGGCGUCUACAGGAACUUUCUGCACUGCCUGAGCCAACUGAGAGGGGGCGGAGCCAACACCAGGCUGGACGUGGCGCUGGCGGGGAUGGCAGGAGGCAUCGCACAGACGUCCGUCAUGGCGCCGGGUGACCUGGUGAAGGUUCGUCUUCAGUGUCAGACUGAGUCCAAACGUGGGGGUCCGGUCCGUCCCAGAUACCGGGGUCCUGUCCACUGUCUGGUCAGUAUCAUGAGGGAGGAGGGGGUCAGGGGCCUGUACAGGGGGGCCCUGCCCUUAAUGCUCCGGGACGGACCCUCCUACGCCACGUACUUCACCGUUUACUCGUCCAUCUGCGACGCCAUGACCCACACGGACAAGACCAGACCAGGCUGGGGCGUGGUCAUGCUGGCGGGGGGCGUGGCCGGCGCCGCGGCCUGGGCGGUCGGGACCCCCAUGGACGUGAUCAAAGCUCGGAUCCAGAUGGACGGAGCCAGAGACGUGAAGCAGUACCGCGGCCUGCUCCACUGCAUCACCCAGACCGUCCACACAGAGGGCGCUAGAGUGUUCUACCGCAGCCUGUGGAUCAACUGUCUGCGAGCGUUUCCCUCCAACAUGGUGGUGUUCAUGACCUAUGAACUCCUGACCGACUUCCUGCGGGUGAGGACGGAGACGGAGGACAUGCCGUACGUGGUGAUGGACUAAACCGACACGCGCACAGUUAAGUUUUCUGAUUUACAUGAAAACAAACUAAACAUUUUAUCUUAUCAAUGGUGAAAGUCCUCAAAAUGGCGGCUAUAAACAGGA